GGCUGCCACGUACCUUCCACCGGGGCCAGUGAGUGAGCGCUUUGUAUCCCGUAGGCGGGCUUGGCCGGGCAGCAGGGUAGUUUAGCAGAAGUUAAUGGCAAAGAGACGUUUUGGGAUUUUGUUAUACUUCCAAUGUGUGUGUCCCGGUUGUGUACGGGGAGCGCAGUGAGCCAGUGACCGCUGUAUCGGAGGACACGUCCUACUCAGUGUAACGGAGCUAUGCAGAAUGCGGGGUCCGGGACGGAAAUGCUCACAGACGGCUUCGAGGAUGAGAUUGAUUCGGUAACUCCGCGCUCUCCGGCCGGCACAGGGGCCGAGGUCUGCCCGCCCGAGAGGACGCUGCGGCUGUUUGCGGACUCGCCGACAGGCAACGACAGACUUGAUUUCAAAUUGGCAGCUGCUGCCGUCCUGUCCUCCGGAACUGGCAGCGACGAGGACGAAGUGUCGGAAGUUGAAUCCUUUAUUUUGGAUCAAGAGGAUUUGGAUAAUCCAGUGCUUAAAACUGCAUCAGAACUUUUGUUAUCAACUGCUGCAGAAGGAGCUGACUUCAGGACUGUUGAUCCAGAAACACAGGCACGUCUGGAAGCUUUAUUAGAAGCUGCAGGAAUUGGAAAAUUAUCUACUGCCGAUGGAAAAGCCUUUGCAGACCCUGAAGUACUUAGAAGACUGACCUCCUCUGUUAGUUGUGCUUUGGAUGAAGCCGCUGCUGCACUGACACGGAUGCGAGCAGACAAUAAUUUCCAUACAGGACAGGUAGACAAUCGGAGUUUGGCCGAAGCUUGUUCAGAUGGAGAUGUAAAUGCCGUCCGUAAGCUGCUUAAUGAAGGCAGAAGUGUAAAUGAGUACACAGAAGAAGGGGAAAGUCUUCUUUAUUUGGCGUGUUCGGCUGGAUAUUAUGAAUUGGCACAAGUUUUGCUCGCUAUGCAUGCAAGUGUUGAAGAUCGAGGAAAUAAAGGUGACAUCACACCUCUAAUGGCAGCAGCUAGUGGUGGAUUUGUGGACAUUGUGAAGCUUCUAUUAAUUCAUUCUGCUGAUGUCAAUGCUCAAUCUUCAACUGGAAACACUGCCCUUACCUAUGCCUGCGCUGCUGGAUUUGUGGAUGUGGUUAAGGUCUUGUUGAAAGAAGGUGCCAACAUAGAGGAUCACAAUGAAAAUGGACACACGCCAUUAAUGGAAGCUGCUAGUGCUGGUCAUGUUGAUGUGGCAAGGAUUUUACUGGAAAAUGGAGCAGGCAUUAAUACCCAUUCAAAUGAGUUCAAAGAAAGUGCGCUUACGUUGGCCUGUUACAAAGGCCACCUAGAGAUGGUUAGAUUUUUGCUGGAAGCAGGAGCUGAUCAAGAACAUAAAACAGAUGAGAUGCAUACAGCUUUAAUGGAGGCCUGCAUGGAUGGACAUGUUGCGGUAGCUCGGUUACUUCUUGACAGCGGGGCACAGGUGAAUAUGCCUGCGGACUCUUUUGAAUCCCCUCUGACAUUAGCUGCGUGUGGCGGACACGUAGAACUUGCAGCUCUUCUCAUCGAAAGAGGCGCUAAUCUAGAAGAGGUAAAUGAUGAAGGCUAUACUCCUUUGAUGGAAGCAGCACGUGAAGGACAUGAGGAAAUAGUGGCUCUUCUUUUAGCACAAGGUGCUAACAUAAAUGCUCAGACUGAAGAGACCCAGGAGACUGCUCUGACCCUGGCGUGCUGUGGAGGUUUUGCAGAGGUCUCAGACUUCCUUGUAAAAUCUGGGGCAGAUAUAGAACUUGGUUGCUCUACACCACUAAUGGAAGCUGCUCAGGAAGGACAUCUUGAACUAGUGAAAUAUCUGUUGGCAGCAGGAGCAAAUGUACAUGCUACGACUGCUACUGGAGACACUGCUUUGACAUAUGCGUGUGAAAAUGGUCACACAGAUGUAGCUGAAGUUUUGCUGCAGGCUGGUGCUGAUCUGGAGCAUGAAUCUGAGGGUGGUAGAACCCCCUUGAUGAAAGCUGCACGAGCUGGUCACCUCUGCACUAUUCAGUUUCUUAUUCGAAAAGGAGCCAACAUAAACAGAGCUACAGCCAAUAACGAUCAUACUGUAGUGUCCCUCGCAUGUGCUGGAGGACAUCUAGCCGUUGUUGAGCAGCUUUUGGCACAUGGCGCAGAUCCAACUUACAGAUUGAAGGAUGGUUCCACAAUGUUAAUAGAAGCUGCAAAGGGUGGUCAUACCAAUGUUGUUUCUUAUCUAUUGGAUUACCCAAACAAUGUUUUAACAGUCCCAUCUACUGACAUCUGUCAGAUAACACCCCCACCUCAUGAUCAACUUUCGGUUUCACGUGUACCGAUGCAUGCUCUGGCAAUGGUUGUACCGCCUCAGGAGCCAGACAAGUCUCCAGAACAGAUGGAUUUAGAAAGAGGUGCAUCAACGCAGAUACCUUACAGCCUACAUUUGUCAGAUCAGGACCUACGAUCUCCUUUCCAUCCAUACCAACCCCUGGAAUGCAUAGUAGAGGAAACGGAAGGAAAGCUCAAUGAACUUGGCCAACGAAUUAGUGCUAUUGAGAAAGCACAGCUAAAGUCAUUAGAAUUAAUCCAAGGGGAGCCGUUAAAUAAAGAUAAAAUUGAAGAAUUAAAGAAGAACAGAGAAGAACAAGCCCAGAAAAAAAAGAAAAUUUUAAAAGAACUUCAGAAAGUAGAAAGACAAUUGCAAAUAAAAACACAGCAACAAUUUACCAAAGAGGGUUUGGAAACUGCACCCAACAAAGACACAGCUGUUGUGCAGCCUUGCUUAGUAAAAAGUACAUCUCCACCGAUAGUUACGGAGAACAUUUCACCAGAGGAAAACAGUUCAGAGUUACAUCAGGUGAAUACAGUUUUCUGUGAAGUUGAACACAAGGUUUUGCCGCCAUCGGCAGCUGAACAGAUAGGGUUUAUUCCCAUACAAUCACUGCCAAUGCCUUUUUCAAAAUUGCCUAGUGAUUUAGGAAUUGCUGAAAUGGAUUAUCACGACCCUAAAAUAUAUGGCAGUAAUUCUGCACUGGACCAGCCACCAAUCACAAGUCAGAUUCUAUCCUCUCACGUGACGGAUGGGUUAAUGGUUGCAUCUCCAGCACAAACUCUAAAUGAAACACUUGAUGACAUCAUGGCAGCUGUCAAUAACAGAGUGCCUUCCGAACCUUUUAAUUCUCCACAAAGUACUACAGUAUCUUCACCAAUGAUUCAUUCUACUUCAGCGAAUGUAGUUCAACAGCCUUUACUGUCUACAUUUCCAUCAGUAGAUAUUGAUGCACAUACUGAAAGCAACCAUGAUACUGCAUUAACCCUUGGCUGUGCAGGAGGUCAUGAGGAACUGGUGUCUGUGUUAAUAACUCGGUGUGCUAAUAUUGAACACAGAGACAAAAAAGGGUUUACACCUCUAAUUUUGGCAGCUACAGCUGGACAUGUUGGAGUAGUUGAAAUCCUUUUAGAUAAGGGUGCUGAUAUUGAGGCACAGUCAGAACGCACAAAGGAUACUCCUCUAUCUCUUGCCUGUUCUGGGGGACGUCAAGAGGUGGUUGAGCUGCUUUUGUCUAGAGGUGCAAACAAAGAGCACAGAAAUGUUUCAGACUAUACCCCUCUCAGUUUGGCUGCAUCCGGAGGAUAUGUCAAUAUUAUCAAGAUUCUUCUGAAUGCAGGGGCUGAAAUUAACUCAAGAACUGGCAGUAAAUUAGGUAUUUCCCCCCUGAUGUUGGCUGCAAUGAAUGGACAUGUUCCAGCUGUUAAACUGCUGCUUGACAUGGGUUCUGACAUCAAUGCUCAGAUUGAGACCAAUCGUAACACAGCUCUCACAUUGGCCUGCUUUCAGGGUAGAGCAGAAGUUGUGAGCCUACUGUUGGACAGGAAAGCCAAUGUUGAGCACAGAGCCAAGACAGGUUUGACUCCUCUGAUGGAAGCUGCUUCAGGAGGAUAUGCAGAGGUGGGAAGAGUCCUUCUAGACAAGGGAGCUGAUGUCAAUUCUCCUCCAGUGCCUUCAUCUAGAGAUACUGCUUUAACCAUUGCUGCAGACAAAGGACAUUAUAAAUUCUGUGAACUUCUUAUUGAUAGGAAUUCACAUAUUGAUGUACGAAAUAAGAAAGGGAACACACCUCUUUGGCUUGCAGCUAAUGGUGGCCAUUUUGAUGUAGUCCAACUGCUUAUUCACGCUGGUGCUGAUGUUGAUGCUGCAGACAAUCGUAAAAUAACUCCUUUAAUGUCGGCAUUUCGGAAGGGUCACCUUAAAGUCGUCCAGUUUUUGGUGAAGGAAGUAAACCAGUUUCCAUCAGAUAUUGAGUGCAUGCGAUACAUUGCCACCAUAACUGAUAAGGAUCUUUUGAAGAAAUGCCAUCAGUGUAUGGAAACAAUUGUGAAGGCAAAGGACCAGCAGGCUGCAGAAGCAAACAAGAAUGCAAGUAUCCUGCUUAAAGAACUUGACCUUGAAAAGUCAAGAGAAGAAAGUCGGAAACAAGCUCUUGCAGCUAAAAGGGAAAAGCGGAAAGAGAAGAGAAAAAAGAAAAGGAAUUUGCAGAAAAAGAAACUGGAGGAUGAUGAGGACUGUAAACUUUCAGGGAAUUGUGAUUUGCUUGAUGAUGCAAAUGAUGUUGAUGAGGAAGAUGAUGUCCCCUUAGAGCCACCAAGUGCAACGACAACAACAACAAUCGGCAUCUCAGCAACUUCUGUUACUUUUACAAACGUGUUUGGGAAAAGGGGCAAUGUAAUAACACCAAGCACCAAUCAGAAAACAAAAAAGAACAAAACCAAAGACACCUCUUCAAACCUCCAAAUAAUUGUGCAUGACCAACAUUUGUCUAUAGCACAACAAACAUCAGAUAAUCUAUUUAAUGGUGAGCCUAGAGGUGGUAGUGCAAAUGGCAAUAGUGAUUGUGACUACGUGGGUGAUAAUGAUUGCAAUAACGAAAGCAGCAUUAGUAACCUGAGUCAAGAACAUAAUGGCAAUUCUGAAGUAAACACUUCUGGCGGGAGAAAACAUUCUUCAUUACUGCUCCAUAAUUGUGAAGAAAAGUCCAAGAUAUUAUCUUCUAAACUCUCUGCAAGGCUUGAAAAUGAUGUGAAUCACAGCACACCAUCCAAUUGUAAAACCAUUCCCCUUACGCUGCCAAACAUGAAGCUGAAUGUCAGUAGUCCUAAAAGAGGACAGAAGAGGGAAGAAGGGUGGAAAGAAGUAGUGAGAAGAUCCAAGAAGCUGUCUGUUCCCGCAUCUGUAGUGUCUCGAAUAAUGGGGAGAGGUGGAUGUAAUGUUACUGCUAUUCAAGAUGUUACUGGUGCCCAUAUAGAUGUUGAUAAGCAAAAAGAUAAGAAUGGAGAAAGAAUGAUUACUAUAAGGGGGGGAACAGAGUCCACACGAUAUGCAGUUCAGCUAAUUAAUGCCUUGAUACAAGAUCCAGCAAAAGAACUUGAAGAUCUGAUUCCAAAGACGCACAUUCGUAGUCCCAAGUCUAUUACAAAUUCAUCAUCUGGAGCAGGCAUGAUGUCUUCCAACAGAACUGCAUUUUCUUUUGGAACAUCUACCGUAACAACAUCACAGACAUCCGUUUUGCCAGCUUUCCAGGCAUCUAGCCGACCAAAUAAAAAUAUGCAAGCAACUGUACACCCUCCUUUCCCUGGGACUCUUCCUUUACCUUAUACCCAUCCACAUUUUGCCCUCUUAGCUGCGCAAACAAUGCAGCAAAUCAGACACCCUCGCUUACCUAUGACACAAUUUGGAGGAACAUUCAACUCCAGCCCAAGCACAUGGGGACCAUUCCCUGUAAGAUCAGCUAGUCCAAGUAGUGCAAAUAAUUCUCCAAAACACAACACCACUGGCCGUUCAUCACAUCAGAUGGGGCACAUGACUCAGAUUGGUAGUAACAAUGCCACUUUGGGCAAUCAGGUCUCUGCGUCUCCAGUAACCAUCGCGUCUCAACAGCUGAGCAUGACAAACAGCCCUUCAUCUGCCAGAAAACAGCUAUUUCCUUGCAGCUAUAGAACCAGCACUGGGACAUCUGGGACCUCUACUGUAACAAGUGUGGGUGCUACUAUUCCCUCAAUGUUUUCUACGACCAUAAAUAAUGGAUCAGUCUCCAGUGCAAUUUCUAAUGAAGCACAUCCGGAACACUUUUCAUCUAAAAAUGAUGUUUUUUCACCAUCACAGGGAAAUCUAACUGCAGCAGAUCAGGCGGUUGAAAUGUAUUCUCCAUCUAGCAUACAUGGAAUCGACAAUCCCUCAUGCACAAGUGACCAAAUAUCAGAUCAGUCUUCAUUAAAUCCAUCAGCCCAGCAAAAUAUAAAGGAUGAGAUAUUGUCAAGUAGCAUUUCAGAAAGAAAUGAACCAAUAGGUGCUGCUUUUAUGAAUAAUUUAGUUUCAACAAGUUCUAAUAGAUAUAAGGCUUCGGAACCUUUACAUAACUGCAGAGUCCCACAGACAGCGGCGGCUACAGAUCCACAUGUAUCGCAUAGAAUGCAGUAUAAAGGUUCACUAUACUCAAUGAUUCCUACAAAACAAAUUCAGCAAGAUGCACAAUCUUUUUUUGUUACAGAUCCAGAGUCAAGUAGUAAUCAGGAUUUACUACAGCAGUCAAAUAAACCCACUCAAUUACCAACAUCUCCCAUGUCCAAUUCCCAAAUUCAGUUUAAUCUGGCAAGUAAACAGUUGCCUCCAUCUCUUGGACCUGCGUUAUUCAAUCACUUUUCUAAUCUACUUGACAGUCAGGUAUCAUGCAGUCAAAGUUGGGGAGGAUGUCAAUUGUCUCCACGAACAACUGAGCAGUCUUUCAGCGAGCAAUCUACUUAUCUAGAUAACGCCAUGCUUGGACAUAUAGAAAAUCAUCAUUCUUUGGAUGGCUCUAAAGUGCCUGGUUUCAGACCGUCAUCUCAAAGAGUUUCUUCUGGAUCUUUGGAAUGCUAUGAUGCUCAUGUGGUUUCUGGAAAUUCCACCACUGCUGCAUCGUUUGAUGGUUCAGAUCCCUGCUCAUUACCCACUUCAAUGCCGCUGACCAAUUUUACAGCAAAUCUCCAUGCGAGUCAAGUGUUUUUGCAAGGACCCAGUGUUGGCACGCCCAGCUUUAGUAGGCAGCAUUUUUCUCCACAUCCUUGGACAAAUUCUUCAAGCUCAUGUGAGUCUCCUGUUCCAUCAGCUUCUUCUGGUUCAUCUCCACCUUUGUCAUCUGUAUCCUCUCCUCCUUCGCUGGGUCAAAUGCAGCCAGUUAAUUUGACAAAUGAUCGCAAAAUACCACCUCCGAUUGGAACAGAGAGAUUAGCACGAAUCCGUCAAAGCGGCUAUUUUACAUCUUGUGCAGUGGGAAACACCUUUUCAGCCCCUGUUGGACACACUGGCAUAUGGUCAUUUGGCAUGAACAGUGGAUCAGAAGGGUUUCCUGGUUGGUCUCAGCCAGUUAUGGGUACCCAUGCUAUGCAUCAGCCUCUACCAGACAACACUGUGUUCUCACAGCACCAGCAAAUGGAAAGAGACGAAUCGGGCAUGUUAAAUCCUUCCAAUUUAUUCCAUCAACCGAUACCGAGCACUGUUGUUGAUUUUUCUAAAGGUGUCCCACUUUCUAUGUAUGGUGGUAAAAUGAUAACUUCUCAUCAACAAUUGACUGAAAUUCCAGGAGCUCCAAUAUUUAAUGGUCUCAACACACAUGAUGCUACGUGGAGUCCAUUGGUUAAAGUUGUUCCUAAUUCAGCAGAGUGUACAGAUGCUCACAAGAACUGGUCGGGAACAUGGACACCUCAUGUUGGAGCAGCACAUCUGAAGUAUGUUAACUGAAUUGGACAAUACUCGAUCUAACCAGGAUUUGAGACCUACAUAGUAUAGCCCACAGGAAAUGAAUUCCUUUAUUCCCUCAUACUGUUUAAAAACAAAAUGAAUUGAAAUUUGAUUUACUAUUGUAUUAGCCUAUUAUAUUUGUGUACUAUAUAUUAAAACACAUUUCAGUUUUAGCAUUUGAGUUUAAAAUCUAUAUGCCCAUAUCGCUCUAUUGGUUAAACUGAAGCAUAUUUGUAUGCAGCAAAAAAUAAAAUUGAUGAAAAAAAAAAUAUUCAUAGACUAUAUUGAUUUAAAAAAAAUUUUUUUUUUCUUUUUUCCUGUUCUGUAGUGGUUCUCAUAUAGCCUGUAUUACCAUACACUGUCAUCCCAAAUAUUCAAUAAAAAGUGCUUACAUA